GGGCAGGGUCGUGCGCCGGCUGCUGCUCCCUCCCAGACUUGAGCCACCUGGCUGUGAGCUCCAGUCUGGCUCAGGUGACCAUGCAGGCAUUGGGCACACCUGGCGCAGGGCCCUGACCCCGCCCCGGGCAGCCGCACCCCGGGACGCUCUCGGGGAGCAGGCGGCGGCGGGCCACCGAGCGCCAUGGCGGCGGUGUCACCGGUGUGCGGCUCACAGGCGUCACCGGUCGGCGCCUCGCCCCCACCGGCGCCCUCACCGGCUCCGGCCACCGGCCUGGGCCGCUGCCGCAUGGCGCUGCUGCUGGCGGUAGCCUUGGACGUGGCGGGCAUGGCGGCGCUUCUGACCGGCGUGUUCGCGCAGCUGCAGGUGCGUGGCCGCGACUUCGGGGACCUGCUCAUCUACUCUGGGGCGCUGCUGGUCUUCUUGAGCCUGCUGGGCUGGAUCCUCUGGUACACCGGCAACAUCGAGAUCUCGCGCCAGGAGCUCGAGCGCGACUACGGCCUGAGGCCCUCGGCGAUCGCCCGCCUUGCGCGCAAGCUGUCCCGCCGCUGGUCGGCGCCCGCCACCGCCGGUCCCCGGGCGUCCCCGGGUCUCCGCGCAGCGCGCAGAGCCGCCCGCACGCCCCAGACGUCCGCCUCCGGCUCCCGCCGGGUGCGUCUGCAGCUCGCCACGCUCGAGGCGGGGCCUGGAGCGGCGGGCGCGGGCAGCGAGUGAGCCCCAGACAGCCUCAUCCCCCAGGACCUACAGAUGCCCAGCUGCCCCGGACAUCACGCAGCCACCAGGAUACCCGCCUGUUCCCUCACUUGGAUAAAUGUCUCGGUUUUGGA